CACGAUGGAUAAGAACACGGCCCAGGUCCGCGCGGUCACGCUUCUCCUCCUCAUCAUAUGCCUCCUAGCUACCCAGGCGCGAUGCCGGACCAUGGACGAUGGCGGCGAGAAGAUCAGUUUGCCCUACGGGCUGUGCGUCCACGAUAAGACGUCGUUUGCCUGCAAGGGCGAGCGCUGCUACUGCUGUCGCGUGGCCGUGGAAGUUUGCUAUUUGUCGAUGGACGAGUGCAUGAAGGAGUGCGUCAAGAAAAUGGGGCCGCCGCCGGCGGCCGGGGGCGGUGGUGGCAACGCCUCUCCGAUAGCUUAGCUACCUUGUUCUUCAAGACAAAAUGUAUAAUCCACCGAGGAUGGAUGUUUUUGAAAUAAGAUACGAGUAUCGACCACUGGUUUCCUA